UCACUUCAAAUGUCAUUUCUCUCCGUCUCUGCUCGAGUUCAUCGUCCUACCUGUAGUUCAACACAUACACCUAAACCCGACGCCUGCUUCGAUGGACGAACUGAACCAAUGGCGCCGACGAGCCCAACGAUCACGAUCCCGCACCCCAGCCGCGCGAGAUCGCCAACAAGACGACUACCAACCCACCACCCCAGUCAAACAUACCAAGUCCAAACUGUCCUCCUCCUCCACACCCACUCUCCGCAAGAAGUCCUUGACCGAGCAUUUCACCCCGUCAAGAUUCUCCUGCAGAACUACCGACCCACCACCCCCCGAUCCCUCCGCCGAAGCUGGCAUGGACUCCGUCCUGCGCCGCCUGAUGUCCCGACCCUGUGCUCCCCUCGACGUCCAAUUCAACGGCGUGCUGCUCCGCAUCUUCGAGGCCUUCCUGUCACUUCGCGAUGAGAGAGAUACGCUGCAGGCGAGAUUGGACGUUGCUUGUGAUGAGCGCAAGGGGCUUGUUGCCAAGUUCGAGAUUACCCAGGGCGAAUGGCGCCGCGAGAGGGACGAGUAUAGAGCCGAGGUCAAGAAGUUGGAGGUCCUCCUCGCGAGGACGGGUGAUCAUGGGGUCAAGGAGGUCAUGCUCGCGAGGCAGGAGAGUUUGAUCCGUCGUCCCGUUCGUCCUCAUCGGCCGGACGAUGAGAAGAUUGCGGUGAAGGAGAACGUCAUGGAAGUCCUGGAUCGGACGCUGAGUCGGGAUCGCCAGGUCUGGAGUAAGCAAAGAGGUAACUUGGGUUUUCAUCGCGAGAUUCACUCGGCUGGUGAUAUCCGCUGAUGAAUCUCCCUGCAGCUACCGUCAGAGUGUGUUCCCAGACAAACUUGAACAAGUUCGAACCUUCAACGCUGCAACGAUCCAGCCCGAAGAAGUCUG